CGUUUGUGCAUGCUAAGACCCUCUUACAUCGAGAUAUAACUACGAAAAUAUACAAAGCACGAAUAGUGCAAUUGUCGUUCGGAUUCGAUUGCAUAAUGAAAGGUAUGAAGAAAUUUUACAAAUAAUUUUACCAAAACAAAAAUAUGAAUUACAAAUCGCUGGCAGCACACAAUGCCGCUUGUAACAAGAUAUAUCGCCAAUUUCAGGAUUGUGAGGCUGAGCAUCCGUAUCGAAGGUUAGUGGGUUAUUGUGAACAUAUCCACAAAGCGAUGAUCAAAUGCAUAAAAGAACAAAGAGAAAUUCAUAGAACAGAAAGCGCACGUUUCCAAAACAGGUUAAAGUCCUAAACUACAGAAAUAAUUCAAAUAAUUUGAUUAUUCUGUUGAGAAAUCUAUAUGUGUUACUUGUGACAACUCUAGAUUAAAUUAAU